CCCGGCCCCCGCCGCGAACGGCCCGACUUCUGGGCGUCGCUGCUGCUGCGCGCGGGGGACAAGGCGGGGCGCGCGGGCGCCGGCGCGGGGCUGCCCCCCUACCACCGGCGCGUCGGCAUGGUCCAGGAGCUGCUGCGGAUGGUGCGCCAGGGCCGGCGGGAGGAGGCGGGGACGCUGCUGCAGCACCUGCGCCAGGACCUAGGCAUGGAGUCGACCUCGCUGGAUGACGUCCUAUACCGCUACGCCAGCUUCAGGAACCUGGUGGACCCCAUCACACACGACCUCGUCAUCAGCCUGGCCCGCUACAUCCACUGCCCCAAGCCGGAAGGCGACGCGCUGGGCGCCAUGGAGAAGUUGUGCCGGCAGCUGACCUACCACCUGAGCCCCCACUCGCAGUGGAGGCCGCAACGCGGGCUGGGCAAGAGAAAGCCGCAGGCCUGCCUCAAGGCCGUCCUGGCCGGGAGCCCUCCGGACAACACAGUGGACCUGUCAGGCAUCCCACUGACCCCCCGUGACCUAGAGCGGGUGACCAGCUACCUGCAGCGCUGCGGGGAGCAGGUGGACAGCGUGGAGCUGGGCUUCACAGGCCUCACGGACGACAUGGUCCUCCAGCUGCUGCCGGCCCUCAGCACGCUGCCCCGGCUGACCACACUGGCCCUCAAUGGCAACUGGCUGACACGGGCCCUGCUGCGCGACCUCACCGAUGCCCUCAAGGACCCUAGCAGAUUCCCCAGUGUCACAUGGAUCGACCUGGGCAACAACGUGGACAUCUUCUCGCUGCCCCAGCCCUUCCUGCUCAGCCUGCGCAAGCGCUCCCCCAAGCAGGGCCACCUACCCACCAUCCUGGAGCUGGGUGAGGGCCCAGGUGGGGCGGACGAAGCCCGGGGUGAGACCGAGGGCCAAGAGGACCCUGGAGGGGGGCCUGCAGCCUCUGCCAAAGACCAGGGCAGGGAGACAGUAGGUGUAGCUCAGACGUGACAGGAAGUGGAGUCCUAGUGGGGCAGGAUGGCCAUGGCGGUCUGGGGGCUCAGGCUACCUCGAAACUGGCCUGGGUAGCACCGACCCGACCAUGGGAAGCCAGAUCGCAGCGUAUGGGAAGAGGGCUUCCUAAUUGCUCUUUGGUCCUCUCCAUCUCCCCCUUGUCAACCCUGUCUGCCUUUUGGCUCCUGGUAAGUCAUCCCUGGCUCAGGAGGCACCAACCCUCAGCCUCCCCAGACUUGUGGGUGCAAGGUCCGGGUCGGGGAUGCUGAAAGCUUGAGCUAAUGUGAAUGGUAGGAGUGUAGGUGGAGCCCUACAUCUAAGUCAGGGUUUUCCAAUCCUGAAUUUUAUUUCUUCUAUUCAGGCAGCAUACUCCAGCCACAUGCUGGACGUGCCUCUGACCAAGGCAGAUCAGAACCUCCCGGCUGAAGGCUGGGGCAGGGUAUGGGGUGCCAGAGGCCCCAGGGGCCUAGGCCCUACGUGGACUUCAGGCUGUACGCUGUCCACCUCCUUGUGGAGCCCUUGGAACCAACUUCC